AUGAAGUCUAUUGGAGAGAUAGUGAAAAGUGUGGAGGAGCAGUCUGUUACAUCUGAAGAAAGCUCAGAAAGUGCUGAUGAAGGUCUACAGAGUUCGGAUGAGAGUGCACAGAAUGAUGUUACUUCGGAAAAGGAAGUUGUAUUUGAUCAAACAUCGUCUGAUUCGGGUGUAUCAGAUGUUGAUUCUGAAAAAUCUAUACUCAGCGCAGUUUUUGUUGGAAAAAAAAAUACAAAUGUGACGGUUGCUGAACGGGCUACAGCAUGGGAGUGGAAACGGGCCCCUGUUACGGCUGCAGAACAGCAACAACUACAGCAAAUCAGCGCCAUUCGCAGCGCAACUCCUUUAUCGGGAGGCGAGGACCGAUGGAAAUGGUUCCCGAAUGAGGAAGGUCAACAAUAUGUAGACUGUGUGGUGAACAAAAUGAGGACUCCAAUCACCUUUUUGUAAAGUGUUACGUGGCGACAACAGUAUGGAAG